AUGCUCUUGUACCGUCACAGUUUGCAGGCUGAUCACAAUCUGCUACAUAUUGUUGGUCAUGCAAAUCUUUUGCAGUCCCUCGCCAUCGGUCUCACAUAUUCGAAAGACCAGAAAAUACAAGAGUUCGAUAAGAAGCUGGCAGCUUCGAACAUAAAAGCUGAUAGGUUGGAUAUGCACCCUGGACAGGCGUAUAAGAUUAAUAAUAAAGUAGCUGUCUUCACGAGUAAAAGAGUUCCAGUGUGCUCGACAUACGUCCCCAUUAUCGUGGAGGAGAUUGAGGUUGGGGACGAAGAGGACGAAGAGGAUGAAGAAAUUGAUAAUUUUACUUUUCCCGACAUAUCACCCCAAGUACAACCUCAACUUAUACGCAGACUUUCCGAUCAAACAAGGGCUUGCCACAGUAAAGGGGUUUCAACGACCGCUUCAGUCAUCGAUAAAAUUCUUGCUAGUAUUGCUCUCGACCGAUAUUUUGAAGCAGCAGGGUUCACCUUUAAUAAAUAA